AACUUUGUGUAUGAAGAAGAAAGUAGCCCAGGUUGGGUAGCUGCUCCAGACAUGUCAGAUAACUGACAGGAAUGGUGACUUGGCCGCAGUAGUUAGUGAGUCAUCAAAAAGUUCCUGAAAGCUGAAGUAAGGAUUUUGGAGCACGAAACGUCAUCAGGUGCCCUGGGUAGAGGGUUAACAACCCGGUAAAACGUUAAGACCGCGGGGCUUUGAUAUCUGACAAACGCUUGUUAGCUAGCAUUAGCUGCUGCCUAGCUGCGGAGAGAAGUACCACCAGGUUUCAGCCAUGUCUGCGGCCGGGGACUUCGGAAACCCUUUACGAAAGUUCAAACUGGUCUUUCUGGGGGAACAGAGUGUGGGGAAGACUUCGCUGAUCACCAGGUUCAUGUAUGACAGCUUCGACAACACUUACCAAGCCACAAUAGGAAUAGAUUUCCUGUCGAAAACCAUGUACCUUGAAGAUCGAACAAUCAGGUUGCAGUUGUGGGACACGGCGGGGCAAGAGAGGUUUCGUAGCCUGAUCCCGAGUUACAUCAGAGACUCAGCUGCUGCGGUCGUAGUGUACGACAUCACAAAUGUCAACUCCUUCCAGCAAACCACAAAAUGGAUUGAUGAUGUGAGGACGGAGAGAGGAAGUGAUGUCAUUAUCAUGUUGGUGGGAAACAAGACAGACCUUGCAGACAAAAGGCAAGUAUCUAUUGAAGAGGGUGAGCGGAAAGCCAAAGAACUAAAUGUAAUGUUUAUUGAGACUAGUGCGAAAGCGGGCUACAACGUGAAGCAGCUCUUCCGUCGUGUGGCAGCCGCCCUCCCCGGCAUGGAUAACACACAGGACAAGAGCAGAGAGGAGAUGAUAGACAUUAAACUGGAGAAGCCACCGGAGCUACCGGCCAGCGAAGGAGGCUGUUCCUGCUAAUGCCGGCUAAUGUCAUAAUGACAUAAAGCAACAUAUUUCUCUUACCUGCUUUUUUUCAAAAAAAGAUGUGGCAGCCGCCUCUUCCCCAGUUUGAAAGAGAACACUACAGCCGUUAUUCCUGCGCUCUGGAAAGCUGCUUUUUGAUCCGGAUGCUCUGAAAGUCAUAAAUCUCUUAAAUUGAAUAUUUGCACUGUAACACACAUGUUGAAACCGUAUCCACAGCUGUUGCCUGUCAUUUCAAACAAACCGAGAUGGGGGCUGAAGAGUAAUGGGUGUCUAAAGAUGACCCUUUGAACCAAACUGAAAGAAAGAUGACGUGUGUUUUUGCAUUAAAGCAUGUGAUGAAGAUUGAGAAUAUUGUUUAAAAAAGUUAAAUAUUGCUUUAAGGUUAAUAAGCACAAUAAUAACACUGUUCUUUGUUGUUUAACUGUCUGGACACGGUCGCACAAACACACUAACUACAAGAGCAACACUAUCACUGCGUCGUCCCCAUUACCGUCCUUCCUCUCUUCCCACACUUGUCCCUUGAGAUGGUUUCUUUCUACCUGGCUUCCAUUUUCUAUUACCUUUUAUUUUUGAAUAGAUCUCUAAUUAUUUUUUCUAAAGAUUACAGCUAUCAUAGAUUAAAACUACUGCUUUGAAGUUAGUGCUUGAGAAGUAUUUUCUCAUAUAUUAUAAGAGUCCUAAUCAUGAAAACCCACUGUAAACAUUAGAUAUGGAGAUAUAUGCCUUUUGGAGUUUAAUUGUAGAAGACUUCCUUGGUUUUGGGUUUAAGUAGUUAAGUUUGUUAUGAUGUUUUAUGAACACUUUAAAGACUUUUUUCUGCUUGUUUCUAUUUUGUUGGCAUUGCUCAUUUGUUAGUGAUUAUUCUACAUGUGUAUUUAAUCCACAAUGACUUGUAAUAUUUAUUUUUAUUGGAUUCAUGUUUCCUUUUUUUAUGGCUGUUAAUAUCUACACUUCUGGUGAAUCACUAAUGAGAUAUGCAUCCGUCUGAAACACCUGUAACUGAAUCAGCAGCGAGCCUGCUGCUCCCUCUACCACCUCUGGAUGGUAAUUUGAUCAUAGUGAUAAUACAGUGCAAUGUUUUUGUGGACGUAUGGAGGAGAGUCUGGUUUGUAUAGCAAAGUAUUCCUUAACGUUUGUCUCUGGAAUGAUUUUAAAUGAAAGAAUAAAAAACACACUUGUCAA